AUGUAUGAUAACAAAUCGGAUAAGCAUGGCUUUAAAAUGGUAAAAUAUUUGAAAAUACCCUUUAGAAUAUUGACCAUAUAAAAGAUGAAAAUAUAUUCUGUUUGAUUUGUGAUGAAUAGGAUUAUACAGAGCAAAACUAAAUAGUAUUUUGUGAUGGAUGCGAUGUAACAGUUCAUUAGGAGUGUUAUCACGUUGUCAAUUUGGGAGCAAAGUGGUAUUGCUAGAAAUGUUUGGCAUUGAAGGACAACAAAGAUUAACAGAUCGAUUGCUAAUUUUGUCCUGAAUAAUUCUAAAUUCUAGAAUUAGUUUAGUUGAAUGGACAAUAGUAAUGGGUAUCAAUAGAUAGUUAUAAAUUAAGGCUCAUUCAAUUUGUUUGAGAAGGAACCCAUUUUUAGUGUAAAACCCUAAAAGCCAUAAUUUAUACUCAUGUGAUACAGACUUGCAAACAGGUUUGAAAUGCCGUUAUUGUCAAAAGAGUGAUGGUUUUCAAUUAGAAUGUUACUAUUCAGGAUGUUAAGAGGCAUUUCACAUAGGGUGUUUGAAGGUUAAUGGAGGAAUAAUGAAUAAAAAGGCGAUGGAAUGUCUAUACACAUACAUGAAGCCUUAUUUGAGAAUACAGGAUAUGAAGUUAUUGUUUUGUGUGGAACAUGUAGAGGAAUUGAUGGAUAAGUUGAAGAAAGAUGAAAAAAGCCAAAUAGAAUAGAGUAAAAUAGCUUAACAUUCAUUUUAGAGUUUCUGAAAUUGAGAAAUGAAAGAUUACAAUCUUAUUACAUCUAUAAUAGGAAUGAUAAAUAGAUGGAUGACAAUAAGAAUGAGACUAAGGCAGCAAGGAAAUAAAAAAAUUACGAAGAUGAGCUCUUUGAAGAGGUAGUUUAAUUGAAAUAGUUGAAAUAAGCAAAAAUACCAAUAAAGGAUAAAAAAGUGAAAAUGCAAUUCAAGGAGUAUAUGACAAGAUAACUAAAUGAUCAAUUGCAUAAAUUAAGGGAUGAUUUUAUGAAGAAAAAUCAUAAUGAUCUCAAUGCUGAUGAGGAUACUUAUAUUUAAAUAGAUACUUAAUUAAGCAAAAAACUAUUCGAUAAGUUGGUUGACAUCAACAACUUAGAGGAAUUUGAUAAAUAUUUAGUGAGCUAUUUCAUUUUUAACAAUAUGAUUCGGAGACCAAAUAAUCCUGAAAUUUAUAUUCGAGAUGUAUUAAUAUUUUUAAUUAAUGUAUAGGACAAUAACAAUUGCUAAUAUUGGAAAAAGGUGCUGGAUGAAUUGGGAAUUAAAAACGGCGAAUAAUUCUCAAGGUUUUUGAAUGUUCUCAGAUUGAAGAAGAUGAAUAUUGUGAGUAGGAAUAAUGAGAAAUUACAAUAUGAGUAGGAUUUACAAUAGCAAUUCGAGAUCUAAAAUAAUGAGUUGAUUGAAUGA